AUGGCUGCACCAUCAAUAUCCACCAACCCGCCCAAGCCGGACGACACCAGCAUCAACGUCCCCCUCCUUGGAACCCCUCCGGCCCAGGAGACGACGGAGCCCGCCAAGCCGGCCAAAACUCCCGGGCAGAAGGCCGUCCGCAAGGCCUUCAAGGGCACGGCCCACCUCGCUAACCUUCUCCCCACGGGCUCCGUCCUGGCUUUCCAGGUUGUCUCCCCCGUCGUCACAAACGAGGGACGGUGCCGGUCGCCCGUCAGCCGUGCCGCAACCGCCGGCCUCCUCGCCUUGUGCGCCGCCUCCUGCUUCCUCCUCAGCUUCACGGACAGCUUCCGGGACGAGCGGGGUAAGGUCCGGUACGGGGUGGCCACGCUCCGGGGGAUAUGGGUCGUCGACGGCGGGUCGCAGCCGCUGGAGGUGGAGAGGUUCCGGCUGAGAUUUGUGGACGUGUUCCACGCGGUGAUGUCGGUGAUGGUGUUUGGGUCGGUGGCACUGUUCGACGGGAAUGUGGUGGGGUGCUUCUGGCCGUCGCCAUCGGAGGAGACGUUGGAGGUGCUGAGGGCGGCGCCGGUGACGGUGGGGGUGGUUUGCAGCCUGCUGUUCGUGAUGUUCCCCACGCGCCGGCACGGGAUCGGGUUCCCUCUCUCCCGCCGUUAG